CGCGGGAGGGAACGAGGACGGCGUGUACCCAGCGCCUGCUGCUCCCCCGCUGCCGCCAGCCUCGCCCUUCCUGUGCGUUACUGCGCAGGCGCCGCCCCCUGGGCCCCCGCCGCAGAGGGGAGGAGUCCCCUGGACGUCACUAGCCAGCGCGCCUUGGGGUGUGACGUCCACGCCCCGCGUCGGCUAUUCGGUCAACCGCGGCUGGGGGGCGCGCACGUGGGUGGCGCCCGCAUGGAGACGGCAGCGGCCGGGGGUCGCGGCCCGGGGCUGGCGCUCUGUGGAGCCCUGAUGGCUGCCAGCGGCGGGAGCCGCUUCCUGGCUGCCCGCUACCAGGAGCCCAGUGUUGAUCUCUUCAUGUAUGACUGCAUCACUGCAGGCAAAAAGUCUCAAGAAGACAGAGGACAGGAUGGACAGCCAGGAGUUAAAGCAAGUGAUGAUAUUCUUGCUUUUGCCUUCUCCUCAUCAGGAGGCUAUUUUGCUUUGACGGAUGACAACAAACGUCUGGUUCUUUUUCGUACUAAGCCUUGCUGGGAAUGCCUGAGUGUCAGGUCUGUUGUUAGAAGAUGCACGUCUCUGAUUAUUACAGCUGCAGAGGAUAAGAUUCUGGUUGCAGACAAGUCUGGUGAUGUUUAUUCUUAUUCAAUAACAGAACCACAAAAAGCAGGAAAGGUUGAGCUUGGGCACUUGUCCCUGCUCUUGGAUGUGGCGCUGAGUCCUGAUGACCAGUAUAUCCUAACUGCGGACAGAGAUGAGAAGAUUCGAGUCAGUUUGACUAGAGCGCCACAUAACAUCGUAUCUUUCUGUCUGGGGCACAGAGAGUUUGUAAGCAGAAUAUUUGUAAUACCAAACUAUCCAGAUCUUAUGCUAUCAGCUUCUGGGGAUUGUACUCUGAGACUUUGGGAAUACAAAAGUGGGAAAGAAGUGCACUGCUGUCAUCUAAACAGUUUGAAUAAGACUGAGGCAACCAACAAUGACAAGAAAUACGCCGUGUCGAGAAUAGCCUAUUGUUGUCAAGGAAAUUACAUUGCCAUUUUAUGCGACUGUAUUCCCACAGUUUACAUCUUCCAAUUUGAUGCUGCUACCCAGCAGUUAAAUUACAGACACCAAAUCUCUUUGAAGCAUAAAGGCUGGGACAUUGCAUUUGAGGAAACAGGUGGGCUCUGGAUACUCCAGGAGGACAAAGCAGCAUCACUUCUACUCUACAGGCCUGUGGAUGGACAUUGGCAGCCUGUUGCUGAUGACGAAGGAUUAAUGAAAAUGUCAAAGUACUUGCACGACAACUGGACAAUGUUUGAAGGGUCUGUUGGGACAGAAAGUUGCUACAGCAGUCUUUACAAGGCCUCAUUCGACAACAUGGCUAUUUAUCUACAAAAGAAAGAGGAAAGACUACAGCAGCAGAAGAAGAAAAGAAAAGAGCUGCAGCACGAAUCUAAUAGACAAACUAAAAAGACCAGAACAAGAGAAUCAUCCUAACCAUUAACUGCAUCAUUUGCUUGUAACUUCUACAACACUGAAACCAGACUAGGCACUGAACCUUUUUUUUUUAAGCAAAGUGAAUGACAAACUUCAGCGUUCAGUUUGCAUGUCAGAUAGGGAAUGGCUUUAAUGAAUCAGGUUAAUUUUCUUGUAAUGACAAUAUCCUGCUUGCGACAGAUAUUGUAUUUACUGUAUAUAUUGUUCCUUGCCAUUUGUUCUAUCCCAGCAGUUGGAAAACUUAAUGCUGGUAAUGCAGUUUUAGUAAUGUGAAGCACAAUAUCUUCAUAUUGAGCUAGUGCUUUACUUGGAGAAUGGAAUUUGUCUUACGCAUUGGACUCCACAUAUAACCUACAUUGAGGCUGGUUUCCAAAAGAAGAAAGUGUGCUAAUUAGAAGUUGACACCAAGUAUUUUAGUUUUUUGUUUUAGACCGUUCGUUUAAUAUGGCAGCCUAUAAAAGAAUAAUCAUGAAAAAUUCAUCUUUUGAAAAAAAUUUUUAAAUACAAUAUAUAAGGCUGUAAUUGACAGGCCUUUAUCAAUUUUUUUAUGCUUAAAUGACAGAUGGUUACGAAUUCUGUGUUAGUACUUAAUCUAGCACUAUUUACUCAGAGGAAACUCCCACUGGAAGCAGUGCGGGAAUAGAUUUUACAUACUGUAAAGCAGCAAAAGGUGUCAACCAAACCCCAACGCCAUGUGAGGAAGACUGGUUUGCUGCAUUCUGACUUUUCAGCUUAUCUGUAGAAAUGGUUUCAGAGGACCCAGUGCAGUACUAUCUUGUGUCCCGCUUUUUGCGACAAAAUUUUCAUUUGAUGCUAGCUAAGAAAUAAAAAUCUUAACUAACAGUUGAGAGAAUCUUAUGGCAUCAGUUGUUACUUCAUCACAUAUGUUUAUUUAAUGGCAGAGGAAAACUAUAUCUAUAUCAGAACACAACUUGUCUUCAUGGAAUAUACUUCAGAUGGGAUUGUAAAGCUGGGUGUAUAAAUCUGUGUGAUCCAUUAAAAACAUAACUAUGAACUGAAAAUCUA